CGGUUACAGUCGGCAUAUUUAAGCAGGUGCGUGCGCAGCGCUUUGAACGAGUUCAGUGAGCAAGCAGCAUGAACGGUGCGAUGUGGAGGGUGGUGAGCAGAGGCAGUUCGUUGAUUUUCCAUUCGAAAAAACGGAAUGCUCUCUCCGUCACUGCUCGUGCGUUUUCCGCUCCCACCGGUCUCUAUGGCUUGCCUCAUUUGAAGACCGCAAAAGGCUUUCAAUCCUUCGUCGAUGAAGCCAUUCAAAGGUCUGGAGAACUCAUCAGUUACAUUUGCAAGAAACAGCCCGCUGGUGAAGUAAUGCGGGCAAUGGAUGAGAUUUCUGACACUGUAUGCUCUGUUGUUGACUCUGCUGAAUUGUGUAGGCAUACCCACCCUGACAGAGAGUUUGUUGAGGAGGCCAGCAAGGCAUCGAUGAGAAUUAAUGAAUAUCUACAUUAUCUGAACACGAAUCAUGAUCUAUAUGACGCAAUUAAGAAAGCUGAGCAAGAAUGUCACAUGCUUUCUGAGGAAGCUAAGAGGGGAGUUAGAAACUUACGUGCUGACUUUGAAAGGGGUGGAAUUAAUCUCUGCUCCGGGAAAUUAGAUCAAGUGAACACGCUAAAUAUUGAAAUUUCUCAGCUAUGCAGAGAGUACAAUGAGAAUAUUGUCAUGGACCCAGGAACUGUUGAUAUAUAUCCUUCUUCUCGCAUCCCCAGGAAUUUGCAUUAUCUUGUAAAGCCUAUACAUCGGUCGGUAUCAUUAAUAACCAAGGAUUUAUCAGGGUCUAGGGGCAUCCUCAAAGAGAAAGGAUUUGGAUUACAACAGACCCACAAAACUGUUUCUUCUGUACUACAAUUUUCAUCUGAUGAUGAGGUUAGGAAAAUGGUAUAUAUACGAGGAAAUUCUGUUCCACAGGCAAAUGUUGGUCUCAAAAGGCUUAUAUCUGCACGACAUGAGCUAGCUCAGAUAAUGGGGUGUAGUUCUUAUACUGAAUUUUCUAUUAAGCCUAACAUGGCUUUAUCACCAAAAGUUGUAAUGUCAUUUUUACUCGAAAUGAGCAAGAUGGUCAAGCCUAAGACUAGAGAGGAGCAUAGGUUACUCACGAAAUUCAAGAGAGAAAAAUGUGGUCAAAGUGAUGGAGAUUUAAGGCCAUGGGAUGAGACCUAUUACAUGACAAUGAUGAAGUCCUCUGCUUAUAAAUUGGAUGCUUCGGUUGUAGGUUCAUAUUUUUCUCUCUCAAACUGUAUUGAGGGUUUGAAGAUGCUAGUGCAGUCAUUGUUUGGUGCAACCUUUCAUAGCAUACCUCUAGCACCUAAUGAGUCUUGGGAUCCACAUGUGCUUAAACUAUCUCUACAUCAUCCCGAAGAGGGUGACUUGGGAUAUUUAUACCUCGAUUUAUACUCGAGAAAGGGAAAAUAUCCUGGUUGUGCUCACUUUGCAAUAAAAGGGGGUCGCAGAAUUUCUCAGACAGAAUACCAACUUCCAAUUGUAGCUCUCGUUUGUAACUUUCCGGGAUCUCAAAAUCCAUCAGCCGUAAGACUCAAUCAUUGGGAAGUAGAAACACUAUUUCAUGAGUUUGGACAUGCUCUUCAUUCUUUGCUUUCAAGAACGGACUACCAGCACUUUUCAGGCACCAGAGCGGUUUUGGAUUUUGCUGAAAUACCAUCCAACCUGUUUGAAUACUCUUUGAUCUUCAAUUGGGAUCUGCAAUUGGAAUGUCAACAUUCACCUGUACAAGAUACUCACCUGUACAAGAUGAGAAAGAUGUCUUUAGAAACGUCAUGUGGCAUAUUAUACCCUGCAGGGCACUGGGGUAAUGGUGAAUAUUUUUCACUUACAAGUGUCAACUCUACGUUUCUAACUCUCAACUGACAUUGAAAUUUGCUAUAAUUUUGUUUGUAGCUAAACACAUAGACAAACUUAAAUAAGUUGUUUUUAACGUUGGAAAAUGACCUUAAUUGUGGUCCUCCUAACCCACCUUAGCUUCAACGUCUUUUGAGGAUGCCUUAAUGGCAACCUUAGUUGGUGGUUUAGUUCUACAUUGUCUAGAGAUAGGG